AUGGCAGAUGCAGAUCAGGGGGGCUCCGCCUAUGGGCCUUCGCGGCGACUGCGGAGCAAGCGGCCAGCGCCAGUUGCUGCGCCAGCGGCUGCGGGAAACCUCUCGCCUCCGGCUUCAUACACAACUGGCAUGUUGGUGCGCGACUGGUUCGGACACGUGCCCUUGGAGGCCCACGGUCGGCGAGAUCGCGACCAGCGGAUUCGAGAUCGCAGUCGUUCGCGCGCCUCACGUGACGGCCGCGGCCGUGGCUUUCUCCAGGCUGAGCUGUGCGCCGACUUGAGCACUGGCCAAAUGGAUGCUGUUCGAUCUGCCUCAAAGCAAGUUCGGACCACCACAGCACCCGCGCAGCAAAAGAGGAAGACAGCAACUGCCGAGCUCCGGGCUAUUCAGGCGCUCAAAGCUGCGGAGGCUCGGUGCCGGGAGCUCGAGGCUGCCGCCGUGACGGCGGACAGGCGCAUGGCGACCAUGGAGGAGGCACUGCUGCAGUUGCGCAAAGAUGCAGACGAGCGCCUGGCGGCCAUGGAGGAGAAACUGCUGCAGUUGCGCAAGGAGGUGCAGGAUGCGCACCCCACUGCAGUUCCCAAGACGGGGAAUGAUGGUUCUGAGGAGCUUGGGAGAUGCAAAGAGCAGAGGGAGACGUGGCCGGCGCGUUACCAGGUGCUGGAUCACCUUGGUGCACGAGCAUACGGCACCGUUUGCAAGGCGGUGGACACACGCUACCAUGCAAAUCGUCUUAUGGCAUCAAAAGGAUGGGAGUUGGAGCAUCCGAACGUGAUCAAGCUGUACAACGUCGAGGCCGUUGACACAUUCAAUGAACUGUACAUGGUGAUGGAGCUAUGUGACUAUGACCUCCAUACUUUGUUGCAGAAGGAUGGGGACUGGUCAAUCAAAAUUGGAGACUUUGGCCUCAGUCGCGCAGCUCAGGCUGCAGAGCCGCCCAAUCCAGCGGAUGCAAAGCGUCUGACGAGGAAUCUCACAGAUCAUGUGGUGACAAGGUAUUGGCGGGCCCCUGAGUUAAUCUGUCUCCAGAGGAACUACACAGAGGCCAUCGACGUAUGGUCAGUCGGCUGCAUCUUUGCCGAGCUCCUGGGCAUGCAGAACGAAAUGCGAAUCCAAGAUCGCGGACCAUUAUUCUGCGGAGGCACAUGCUUUCCAUUGUCUCCGGAUGAUAGACACAUGUUUCCCACGCGGCUAAACGAUGCGCCGAGCGAUUGCGACCAGCUCAAUCUCAUCUUCAAUCUCUUGGGAACCCCCAAGCAAGCUGACGUUGCGCUAGUGGAGCAGGAAGAUGCCAAGAGGUACAUUCAAAGCUUCGCGGCGCGCGAAGGCAUGGGCCUGGACACAAGAUUCCCGCACGCCGAGGACGUCGCUAUCGACCUUUUAAAAAAGAUGCUGCAGCUCAGUGCGAAGGACCGCAUUGCUGUAACAGAUGCGCUCGAACACAACCUGUUCACGAGCAGUCCUGAUGUUAUCCGCGAUCCCACAAAAGAACGGCGCGCGCCCAAGUGCAUCACACUGGAAUUAGAGGAGGAGUCCAACUUGGAUGAGAAAAUCUUGCGCGAUUACUUUGGCAAGGUAAUCCAAACGCUUCACAAGUAA